AUGUCGUCUACUCGGCCGACUCGGAGCCUUCUUCUAAGCCACCGCGACGUUGAGUUCCCUCCUUCUACCAGCGCGCGCGCGGGCGGGGGGAUGACCACUCCCAGGUGCAACAUCUACGAGUGGGACAUCAGUACCGGUCGCUGCCGGCAAAAGAUCAAGGAGUCGUGGGCCACUGGUAUUCGGUGUAUGGCAACCAGUCAGCAGAGCUUGGCCAUUGGCACCUCGACCGGCAAUGUGGACCUUCUGGAUCUCAGCGGACCAAAGUUGUCCGGGACUCCGAUUCACAGCAUUGGGAACUUAACGACCCGGGUGGAUUGCGUCAGGUAUAGUCCUGAUGGGCAGAUUUUGGGCAUUUGCUCGCGGAUGAAGUCCAAAGCGCUGAGGCUGGUGCAUUCUGGCACAGCCACAGUCUUCCAAAAUUGGCCCACUGAAAAAACUCCAUUGGAUCGAGCCUCAGUUUUUGACUUCUCAAAGCAGGGUGUUAUGGCGAUUGGAAAUGAAACUGGCCGUGUGCUUCUAUAUCGUUUGAGGCAUUACAUUAAGUCCGACUAG